AUGGCGGCUGCCGAGAGUCUCCGAAGAGUGGGUCCUCCGGAGGGGUUAUCAUUGGGAGGUUUUUGGGGGUUGUUUUCCAUCCCCGAAGAGCAGAGGUGCGGCGAACCGCAGAGGCACGGUUAUCAUUGGGAGGUCUUUGGGGGUGGUUUUCCAUCCCCGAAGAGCAGAGGUGCGGCGAACCGCAGAGGCACGGUUAUCAUUGGGAGGUCUUUGGGGGUGGUCUUCCAUCCCCGAAGAGCAGAGGUGCGGCGAACCGCAAGGCACGACUCGGCAGUCCGUGUUGCGGUUCCGCUGCGAAAAGUUCCUCCCGUAGGCGGAACCGCGUCAUUAGCGACGGAAUCGUGUAGCUGCGGACGGUUUUCAGGUGAGUGGUAUAUGGUGGCGGGCACUCCUGUGACCGGAGGCGAAUUGAGCAGAUGCGGCCAUUACAUGGUAAGGAAGACCUCGGAGAGUACCUUCACCAUAAGGUACACCGCCAUUAGCCACAGGCGAAACCAUCCCGUGGCUUUCCUCGUAAACGGGACGGUGGCCCGUGACGUCACGGGAAGUUGGCAGCUCGAGGGGUCUAAUAGGAUUCUCGGGCCAUUCAGACACAUAGUAGUCUCCGCGGAUUACGGAUCCUUCCUGGCCAUGUUAGUCUGUGCAGAGGACAGCCAGGACCUUCCUGGAAGGAGAUUUGCCAUGAUCUGGUCCCGAGGGAGGCGAUUAUCCUCUAAAGUCCUCCAGGACCUCAAGGGGAAGCUCGCCGGAUAUAUCGACGAGGCCAAAAUCCUCACAGCGAGCCAUGACAAUUGUCAAUCAUGA